AGCUUAUGUAUCAGGUUCUAUUAACACCCGUAUUCUCCUCAGUCUUCCUGCGGUAUGCAGAAGAUAUGACACAGUCAUAAGUCACUGCAUUGAUCAAUUCAUUGUAGUCUGAAUGCGGUCAUCAGACCAACGAGCUGCGUAAUCGCGUGUGAUCGCGUGCUUGUACACAGCGUGGACGGCUUUCGUUACUCAUUAAUGCGCACGAGGCCGUGUGAAGGAACGCGCCCGUCCUGCUGUUGGUGCGUCUCUAAGGUUACGCAGCACAGCGGUUUGUAUCCCUGCAGGCCGAGGCGGUGGAGAAGAUGGAGGCGAACGCGAGGUCCACCCCUCACGCGGGGAAGCGCGCGCAGCUCGGCGGGACGGACCGCGGCCCGCGGCCCGGGACCCGUUUCAGCAGCUGGACCCCCCUGAACCACAGGGCGGGCAACCUGCAGUUAUUUGAAGAGAGGACCAACCUUGUGCUGCACUGGUUUGACCUGUGGACCGACAGACAGAGGAAGCACCUGUUGCACUCUCUGUUCACGCGCUGCACUAAGUCCCAGCUCAAGUACUGCAAGGACUUGCUGAUGGAGACGGUGCCUGUGACUGAAGCGGACUUCACGUCUGUGCUUCCACGCUUCCUGUCCCUGUAUGUGUUGUCAUUUCUGUCGCCCAGGGACCUUUGCUCCGCUGCCCAAGUCAGCUGGCACUGGAGGGUCCUUGCAGAGCAGGACUGUCUCUGGGCUGGCCGCUGCAUCUCAAGAGGCUGGUUCCUUCCAUACACUCCAGUAGAGAAAGAGUACGGAGCGUGGAAGAGCCACUAUGUCUCCUGCGUCUCCACGCUGGACUGGCUCACCCCCAGGGAGGACGCCGAGCGGUACGGGACCCUCAAUCGACAAAGCACAGAGACGAUAGAAGAGGGUGAGGAGGAGGAGGAGAGGAGGAAGGAGAGGAGGAUACGACAGAUGAUCAGAGACAAACUAAGAAAGGAGAAGGAACACUCUAUGAGAACCAGGAAACCCUGGGGCAGCUACACUAAGCCACAAGGAGGUGGAAGGGAUCAGACGCGGAGGCCCAACUCUGGAAUAACGUCCGUCUCUUUGCCCGCGCUCUCCUGGCCUCAGAGGACUCUGAGGUCUCCCAGCGUCUGUCUCAGCCUGGACAGGGAACAGCCCCUUGCUGCAACCCAGAGCUUGCAGAGAGUCCAGACCUCCAAUCCUCACAGUGAAAGACUCAGCAAAGCCAGCGGAGCGCUGUCCUCCUUCACCGCCAGACCUCCCCUGCCACAGGUGACCCCUCCUACCCUCUUGCUGCUGAUCUCCAACAGAACUCCGGCCUACGAGUUGGUGCUGAGUGGCGUGAAGGAUGGCGUGGUUGUGGUUCUGUACGACCACAGAGGGACUCUCCCAGCUUUGUUAGCCCAGGUGGAGAGGACUCUUUCUGGGCAGAGAGCUCAGAGGCUGGGCCUGCUGGCUCCAGGCGGAACGGAGGAAGUCCAUCUGCUCCUUGGUUGUAGCCUCUCAGAGAGGACGCUACUGACCCCGGACCAUAAAGGAUUCUGGGAAAAGCUGGGUGGCUGGGUGGCACCAACUGGGGAAGGUGGAGGGAUUGACAUCUUCUGCGCGCUGGCUGCUUCUGCAUCUGGCAUUGCUCUCAUGCAGACUCUCUCUGCUCUGACGGGUCUGGAGGUUCUAGCGCCGAUGGGUUUUGCCGCCGGAAGUUUCCAGAACAUCCUGAGCGAGUGGUCUGACGGCGCCGUGCACACCGGACUCUCGGAGCAGCAGCCGGCCUCCCCGGCACGGCAGUUUGUGUGUGAGAGCGUUCUGCAGGGCUGGUGCAGACAGGCUCAGUGGAUGGAGGAGGCUCUGGGGGAGCUGAGGGACUGCCGGGGGCCGCAGUUGCAGAGCGUGAGCCUCCAGGCCAGAGGCCGGGCGCUGGGUCAUUUCCUUUGGGAGAAGAUCUCCCUGGAGGAGCUUUGCGUGUCCAAAGAUCUAAGCGAGGCUCUGACGGAGGGACUCACUGCUCUCACAACACAGGGAGAGACAAGAACUCUGGAGUUUCUUGCCAGGUUCCUGAUAAGAUGGAGUAAUGAGAAAGAGAUGGAGGGAGAAGAGACCCGUGGAGGAGGAAAGGGAGAAAACAAAGGAUUGGAGGAUUUCUCAUUUGCGCUUCACGACUCAAAUAAAUGUGUCGGCUUGGUACUUGAGCUCCCACAGAUGGUGUUCGAUUGGAGAGGUGCAGCUGCCAGAGAGCUCCACCACAGCGAGUGUCUUUAUCUGGGGAGACUGGGCUCCGUGCUGAAGGUGUACCAGGAGCCGCUUACUGCAGCUCUCAACUCAAACAGAGCCAUCCUCGGCUACGCUGACAUACACAUUGUCCUCAGCCCUGUCACACGAGUACUGGAGCUCAACAGGGUGUUUCAUGCAGAUUUACAGGCCCGGCUGCAGCAGUGGGGUGCAGAGCAGUGUGUUGGAGAUGUGCUUGUAAAACUGUGCUCAAAACUCAGGGUCUACACCAACUACCUCAACAAUUACACCACUGCCCUCAUCACCAUCGACAGGUGCAGGGAGACGAAGCCUCUGUUUCGGGCUUUCCUGAAGAGAGCGGACAGAACUCUUGCAACACACAUGCUGAGUCUGCAGGAGCUUCUGCUGUGUCCAGCCUGGAGAAUUCAGGAGUAUGUGACUCUGCUUCAGGUGUUGUCUUCACACACGCACAUCAACCACCCUGACCACACACACCUCUGCUCUGCCCUCAACACCCUGCUGGCAUUCAGGGAGUUUAUACAGAAGUUGAAGCGCAACUCCGAGAGAGACAGCGUGAUGGAGGAGACGCAGCAGAUGAUCCAAGGCUGCCCGAGCCUCAGUGAAGGAAACAGACAGCUGAUAAUAACACAGGAUGCUGCUUUGCUCAGAAGCUCUGAUGAGCAGAUUCCUGAGUCGCUCAGGACCUACGAGCAGGUGUCCGAUGUGGGUCUGUUCCUGUUUAACGACGUCUUGCUGUUGACGCGGCGGAACGUGCGUCACACACCGUUUGCGCUGGCUCACCGCAGCACACACACCUUCCUGGCCUCUGUGGCGCUCUGCAGCCUGGCUGUGAGGGGGCUCAUACACACUCGCUAUGUGCGCCAUGCUUUUGUCCUGGAGGGUCCUUCUCGUUCUUGGGUUUGUGCCACAGAAAGAGGCGAGGAGAGAGAGCGCUUCCUGUCCGUGCUGCGUUCGGCCAUGAACUCUGCCCUGACUCAACACAAGUGACCACGGCAAACCGGCAAGAGGAGGUUUGAGUGCCACUCCUGGCCUUUUCUAUAUAUGUUUAACGGCAAUUCUUUUUCCACACCACCCAUGACGUAAAUACGUUGCACUACCGCCCCUCUGUCUGAAUUCCACCUUGAAAGUAUUCAGGUUACAGUUUAAAAUAUUAACAAAUAUAAUGCUGUUGUCACAAAAAUACUCAAAAAUGGCAUAAUUGAUUGUGAUACAUUUUUUUUUGCAUUUAAAAUAUUUUGAAAACAUUGAUUGAUACAAUCAAAGUAUUUUGUCACGUUCUGCACUCUUCACUCUAAAUAAUUUUUUUUCUUUUAUGUAUCCAUACUUCAACACAAUGCUGUUAAGAAAAAAAGCUAAAUAAAUCACAAUACUCAGACAGUCUGGCUGAUGUUGCCCGUUAAAAUCAAACCGUUAUUUCGGCACCGUGUUGUAGCUGAAUUGCAUUGGAUAUUAGCAAGUUCUUUGUUUGUUGUUUGUAGUUUCCUGUUUUGCCUGUUGUGUCUUGUACUGUACGCUUACUUACCGUAAACUGGGAACAUGUGGGUUUUCCUUGUGUUGUAUUCAUAUCAUGCAUUAAUUCCUUUUAUAUUAAACCAGUAACAUUAGCUGAACAAUCCCAGCAUCACAAGUAGCGUCUUCUCAGUAGAUCCUUUAUAUCCAGUAACAAUUUUAGUAAAUUCUAUGUCAUUUUAUCAUGUGAUUUUUAUAUAAAUAUAUACUGAUUAUAAUACCAAUGAUGUAUAUUUUAACUUCCUUUUUCAAAAUGUUGAUUACCAAAUAUAUAAACUUGUAGAUUUUU